GGCUGACCUAAUCUCGAAUUAGGGUUGGGAAGUUAGGGUUAAGUGGGGCAGCGAGCAUGGCGGUCAUCACAUCUGACCAAUGGCAGGCCAUGCUGACGCAGCAGACGAGAGCCAGAAACCAUUUUUUCAAAAACUGUAUGAUGAUGCCGUGCAGAGGAAAAGGGAGGCAGCGGCAGCAGCUAGAGCCGCCGACAUUGCUGAUCAGGUGGCUCUCCUUCGGAUCCCGGAAGCCAAUGCUGACCGGUUCCAAGAGGAACUAGCUGCUACUAUAGCAACCUUGGUCCGACUGCGGACCUUGGAAAACCUGGAGUCUCGUAUGACAGCACUUGAGCAGCGGAACGAAGAACUGCAGGCUAAAGUAAUUAGCCUUGAACAGUCCCAGCUGUCUGCCUCCCGCCCUGCUAACCCUCGAUCUGCUAUAAUCCCAACUUCUCAAGCCAACACAGCCCUCGUGCCAAGGGCAAGCGGAACUGUGGCAAGCGGAGGAACCGGCGCCAACUCCUCGAGCGGCAGCACCGACAGUUCUGCGCUGGUCACGGUCCCGAAUGCAGGGACUUCAGCCCAAAACGCCACAGUUCUUACUGGCGUUCAGUACAGCGGUCGCAUGGUGGACAAGCGGGCGACCACGCUGCCGUCCAAGUACGACGGGAAGGCAGACAUCACCUCUUGGAUUAGUUCCAUGCGGUCGUACUUCGAGGUCACCCCUGUCCGCGUUCUUGAGGAUCUUCUCCUUGACCGGUACCAGGAUAAACAUGCUGCGCUUAAGGCUAGGCUGAAGCUUGAGGCCCUCAAGGGCCAAACAUGGAGGUCAUCCAUGCAGGCUUUGAAACAACACUUGACUAGUCUGUUCACCACUCCGGAUCUGGGAAUGACUGACGUAUCUUGUAUGGAUGUAGUCAUGGAAGUGGCCCCUAAAGAUUACCUCUCCCUGCUAGCACUCAAGGACCAUGCCACCUGGCCCCUAGUCGACCUAGAGGCCAAGGACCUCGCCAGGCGCAAGAAGGCGCCCGCUGCAAGUGGGAAACCACAACGCAAGCGGUUUGGAAGCAGCAACAAGCUUGCACUGCAUGAUCAUCGGGAGGCUGAAGAUCAGUCCUAUGCGGAUGAUCUGUCUCUAGAUGACGAUCUAGAGCCGGACUUCGAUACGGGCUGUUCCACAUCAGUCAUUGAGUGUGACAGAAAUGAUGAUGAGAAACUAAAUGCAUUCAGAAAGACUGCUUCAAAUAAGGGGCCUAACCGUGGUUCAGGAUUGCUAUCGUCUUCAGGGAAACAGGGAAGGGGCGUAGAGGAGUCAUCAGCACUCUCUACAACAAGGGAAGCUGGGCAGUCAGUUGCAGGCCCUUCCGAGGAGCAUGGAUCUGAUCAGCAGCGUGCUCUUGAAGCCCAAACUAAUGCUGAAUCCAAGGCUGAUGUAGUCCAAGUGUUGUACACUGAGCCUUGGGAGGAGUCUAAAGAGGUCAACCUCCACGCCCACAUGGAACACUGGCUGCAGCUCAAGCAGCAACGCCGUGUUCAAGGGAGCGUGGAGCUGACUUUCUUUAAACUACUUAUUAACCGCCGAUACAUCCKUGUGCUGAUUGACAGUGGUUCGACCACUAAUUUCUUCUCUCCGAACGGGAUUCGUAAGGCGGGCCUAGGUAUGAAGCAAGUGGAACUGCAGAACCCUUGCCGGACUCAGGUGGGCAACCAAAAGGUUGUCACUCCCACUCAUGCUGUCAAAGGUGUGCGCAUCACCUUUGACAAAGAUCGCACUGUCACUUACGUCCUGGACAAGUGUCCUUUCGACGCGGUCAUUGGCUUGGGCUGGCUAAAGGCUCAUUGCCUAAGGACCACUUGGGCGAACAACCAGUUCGUGGUACUUGACGCCAAGGGGAACGAGCGUACCGUCUUGUUAGAUGAGACGCGCGAGUUCCCUGUGACUCUUCUCUGUGCUAACAAAUUCUGCAGGUCAGUGCGCAGGCGCAAGGAAGCUGAGUUUGUACAUAUAGCUCUUGUAAAGCCUCUCCAUGUCCCUUCUACUUUUGCUGCAUUUUCUUCCUCUGAAGGUGGGUGCAAGGUUUUCUCCAAGAUCGACCUCAAGUCUGGCUACCACAAGAUUGAAGUUGAUCCGAGCGACCAGCACAAAACUGCGUUCAAGACACGCGAUGGGCUGUACGAAUUCAUCGUUAUGCCCUUCGGACUGACAAAUGCGCCAACCACAUUUCAGUGCCUCAUGGACAAGGUACUUCGCCAUCAGCUUAACAAGUUUGUGGUUGUGUACCUUGACGACAUUCUAAUUUUCAGCAAGUCCAUGGAUGAGCACGUCAACCAUCUUGCGGAGGUUUUGCAAGUCCUCAAGGAAGCUCAACUGCACCUCAACUUAGAAAAAUAUGAGUUUGGCAGGGACAGUGUCAUCUAUCUUGGGCACCGGUUGUCCGCAAACGGCCUUGAGCCGGAGGCAACCAAGGUUGAGGUCAUUCAAAACUGGCCUCAACCGGCGAACGUACGCGAACUGCAUUCUUUUCUCGGUUUGGCUUCUUAUUACCGGAAGUUUGUACCCAGAUUUUCUAUUAUUGCUCACCCGCUCUCAAGACUAACCAGCAAGAAUGUUGCCUAUGCAUGGUGUGAGAAGUGUGAGUCUGCGUUCCAAGCCUUGAAAGAGGCAUUGGUGAGUCAUCCUGUGCUUCGCAUUGCAGAUCCCAAUCUCACGUUCGUAGUCACUACGGAUGCGAGCCAGUUCGGGAUUGGUGCAGUGCUGCAACAAGAUGAUGGUGAUGGCCUGCGUCCGCUCGAGUAUUACAGCAAACGCAUGCCUAGCCACAAGGUAUGUCAGAGAACCAAGGUCCAUAGGCAUAAGCCUUAUGGCUUGCUAAGACCCCUCCCCAUUCCUGAUGGACCCGGUGAAUCGAUCUCCAUCGACUUCACGGACAUGGGAAAGGUGAGUACAGCAGGGAAUUCACAGGUCAUGGUCAUCGUGGAUCAUUUCUCCAAAUUUCUGAAUCUGAUCCCUUUUCCUCCCCAUGCACCAACUGAACUUGUCAUUGAGGAAUUCCAUCAGCAGAACAUUCUGCAGUUUGGCGUCCCGAAAACUAUUGUGAGUGAUCGGGACACCAAAUUCAUCAGCAAAGAUUGGAAGGACUUCACGUCGCAGAUCUAUGACAUUAAACUGAACAAGACUUCUGGUCGACACCCCGAAGCCAAUGGAUUGGCUGAGGAGAUCAACCAGACUGUCAUCCAACUACUCCGUGCAUUGAUUGUUCCAGAUGAGAACUCGUGGGACAAGGAGCUGCACAAGGUAAAGGGACUGUAUAACAAUUCCAUUCACUCUGCAACUGGUGUGACACCAAACCAGCUCCAGUAUGGAUGGCCGAUGCGCAAUCCCCUCUCUUAUCUGUUCCCAGAACGAUCACCUGGUCUGAUGCCCGGCAUGCCUGGCUACAAUGCCAAUGGUAAUCUCAAGGCUCUGCUAGCGGGCUUGGACAAGAAAGAUGAAAAUUCGAAAGAAGGCACCAGCGAAGGUGGUGGGCAUAACGGGCGUGGCCUAUCGCCGCCUCCUGGACUUGCUGCAGCCGGUUCGUUCUCGCCGGCGUCUUCAAGCAGCGGCUCAACGGGGAAGCUUGUCAAGGAGCUCUCUUCCUUAGCCAAUGUGGUGGUUGGGAAAUGUGCAAGGUAUCGGGAUAACUUCAUCCGUCAAGCACUGCUUGUGUCUAUUAAGUACCUCGAAGACGAAGCUGGAGCAACGGCACUACAGGCGAAGACUAAGGGCGAGUUGUUGUUUGCAGAUGUUGAGAUUGCACGAACACGAGUUGGUGCGAUGUUAGACCCAGGAUCAACGAGAUCCUACAUCUCCGAGAAGGCAAUCCGUAAGUUGCAUCUCGGCAUGAAGGAAGGUGAAUUGCGUCUAUGUAUUGAUUAUCGAGGGUUGAAUGCCGUCACUGUUAAGAAUGUCGAACCACUCCCUCGCAUCGACGAUUUACUUGACCAAGUACAGGGAUGCAAGUACUUCAGUAAAAUUGAUCUGAAGUCUGGGUACCAUAAGAUCGAGGUGGAGCCCGCGGAUCAACACAAGACUGCUUUCUGGACCAGGUAUGGCCAUUACGAGUUUAUGGUAAUGCCCUUCGGAUUGACUAAUGCUCCUGCUACAUUUCAACGGUCAAUGAACGAGUUGGUUCGUCAAUGGUUGGAUCAGUUCGUCAUCGUCUAUCUGGAUGACAUUCUCGUAUAUAGUAAAACACUAGAAGAACACGAGAAACAUCUUCAUCUGGUUUUGAAUGUCGCUCGAAGUGUCAAGGCCUCAGACAAGCUCCAGACGAUCCAUGCUCGUAAGUGGAAGAGUGCCAGAGUGCUCAAGAGCACAACGGACGAACUAGUAGCUGUCCCUGACCACGGGGUUAUAGACACCCAAUUGGUUGCCCUGUUUUACAGAGCUAUGCCAGAAGCCUUUCGCGGGCACUUCUUCGCGAAGAGCGAAGACCCUGCCACCACUUACGAUUCCCUUAGCCGUGAAGUGGUGGCCUUUGAGGCCAAGUCUGUGUCAGUUUCCACCUUCUGGCACGAAGAUUUGGAUAAGGGAAAGCAAUGGAAGGACCGCACUAUCUCUGGGCAAGUGAAGACUAAGGAUAGUCUUGUCCUAACCUUAGAUGAGGGUAGUGUGGACGAGAUCCCCUACGAUCAGAUUGAGUGGGGGUUAGAGGAGGAGGACAGCGGUGUGGGCCAGGGGAGAACUUACGCUGCUGUUGCGGUUGGAGGGAGGCCGCAAGGAGGAGGACGAGGCCAGGGCCAAGGGGGCCGGGCCGCAGGGAGCCGGUUCCAGGGCGACCAGGGGGUUGGCGGCAGAGGAGGAAACCGCCAAGCGGGAGGAAGGGGUCAAGGUCCCCCGCAAAACCGUCCUUGGAAUAGGGCUACCUAUAGGGUAGGAGGAUGGCACCCGGGGCUACCGCAGGGCGUGGCCGAAGAAUUGAAGGAGAGGAUGCCCGCCUGGGCCAAGAUGAAGAAGGAUAAUAAAGGGCAGUUUAUACUACUAGAUACAGAGAUUUUUAGAGGAAGAGUAGGGGCCCUAGUAGACUCAGGGGCCACCCGCAGCUAUAUUAGCAAGAAAGCGCUGCAGAAGUUGAAGCUGGGACUUAAAGUCCAGAAGCUAGCAGACCCUAUAGUUAKYAUCCUYGCRGACAAUCGUACCAUGGUUGUAGAGGRUUAYGUAGAGGGAGUCCAGGCGUAUUUYYGCCUAGAGAAAGAUGGGAAAGUGGAGAAGGUUCUCCACUCCCUGACUCUCCUCGYAGAAGACARCCUCCCAUUUGAUAUUGUUCUGGGGAUGGAUUGGGGAGAGGCAGCCGGGGCCACGCUCCAUUUGAAGGAGCACGAGUGUAGGCUCCCUAGUUCUUCAGGCGAGGCCAAGAUUGCCCGCCUGUUCCAUGUGUCAGGAGUAGAGAAUCCCUUGGCACAUUGCUGCCUUACUGCCCCUGCAUUCGCCAGAUUAGUAAAGAAGGAGAAAUUAGAGGAACAGGUCUUUCUUGCCUAUGUUAGGCCCGUGACUGAGCCUACGGAAGACAAGCCGAUGGACCCUGCGAUUGCCAAGCUACUGGAAGAGUUCAAGGACCUAACUGAGCCGCCGAUAGGAGUGGUGCCGCGGCCCAUCCAACAUCGUAUUGAGAUAGAGCCUGGCAGUAGAACCCCUAAGGGCGUUGUGUAUAGGAUGUCCCCACGGGAGUUAGAGGAGCUUCGCAAGCAGUUAGACGAGCUUCUUGAAAAGGGUUGGAUUAGGCCUAGUUCCUCUCCGUUUGGAGCACCUGUUCUCUUUGUUCCUAAGAAAGAGGGAGAGUUGAGGAUGUGCAUCGACUAUAGGGGUCUGAAUGCUAUUACAGUGAAAAAUGUUGAGCCACUGCCUAGGAUAGACGAUCUCUUAGAUCGAGUGCAGGGGGCGAAGUAUUUCUCCAAAAUAGAUUUGAAGUCCGGAUAUCAUCAGAUAGAAGUGCAUCCUGAUGAUCAGUAUAAGACCGCCUUCCGGACUAGAUAUGGGCACUACGAGUUCAUAGUGAUGCCCUUUGGACUAACCAAUGCGCCAGCUACAUUCCAGCGCUGUAUGAACGAUUUGUUUAGGCCUUGGUUAGAUAGAUUUGUUGUUGUCUAUUUAGAUGAUAUUUUAGUGUUUAGUAAGACCCUCCAAGAACACCAGGGUCAUCUCAGGCAGGUCUUGGAGAAGCUGAGGGAAGCUAACUUCAAGAUCAAUGCAAAGAAGUGCGAUUGGGCAAAGACCCAAGUUUUGUACCUGUACCUAGGCCACGUCUUAGACGGAGACGGCGUUAAACCAGAAGAUUGUAAAAUCGCAGCGAUUAGAGAUUGGCCCACGCCGCGCACGCUGAUAGAGUUGCGCUCGUUCCUGGGCUUAGCAAAUUACUACAGGAAGUUUGUAAGGAACUUCUCCACUAUCGCUGCGCCCCUUCGCAGAUUGUUGAGGAAGGAGACCAUCUGGAAGUGGGACAAGGAUUGUACGUCUGCCAUGAAGAAGCUAAAGCAGGCGUUGAUAGAGUACCCGGUCCUUAAGGUAGCCGAUCCGUCCUUGCCUUUUGUCGUCACUACGGAUGCUAGUCAGUACGGCAUGGCGCGGUGUUGCAGCAAGACGAUGGCAAUGGUUAUAGACCCGAUACUUCAUUUGACUGCAGAGGAAUUGAGGCUGCAUUUUGAGCAUGAAGCUUCAAUGGCUGCCAAAGAUCCUUCACGCUAUGCUCGCAACCUACUUGAGUACUGCUGCUUCCGCGCCCUGGCUGUUUCCACGCAAGUGUCAGAUGCUCUGAAAGAUAAGGAACUUCGGAGACUUACGUUUGACAUGAUGCUCGCAUGGGAGACGCCAGGGGCAGGACACAGGCCUGUAUCAAAGGCUGAACCUAUAUUAGAGACAGAUGAGGAAGAGAGCGUGCACCAUGGGUUCUUUGCUGGGCUCUUUCCCCUCCUGGUGGAUGUUGAGAGUGCGGUGAGCAGGGAGGCAUUUGUGCGGAUUGCACCACAUGUGUCGAUCGCAGCGGACAGCAUAACAGUCCACUCUCAGUUUGAUGUUCUGACGUCUGAGUCUGGUGGGAGACUGCCUUUCGUUAUCUAUGACAAGUAUCUGCAGGAACUUGACAAGGCAGUGAGGCAAAUAAAAUCCCAGACAACGGCAUCAGUGAAAUCUGCUUUGGGCUUGACAUCUGGCGAAGAGACUGUCAUUGAGAUUGACGGAACUACGACUGCACCUGUGCUUCAGCAUGUUGGUGUCACAGCAUGGCCAGGUCGGCUGACGCUGACAGAUCAUGCCCUAUACUUUGAAGCCUACAAUGUGGUAUAUUAUGACAAGGCAAAGAAGUUUGACCUCUCUGCGGAUGUGAAGCACAAGGUGAAGCCUGAUCUCACGGGCCCGCUAGGGGCGCGGCUAUUUGACAAGGCGGUUGCAUAUUCGACAACUUUGUUGUCAGAGCCUGUAGUUUUUGAGUUUCCGGAAUUAACAGGGCACAGUAGGAGGGAUUAUUGGCUGGCAAUAAUCCGCGAGAUUGUCGCUGUUCACUUGUUCGUCAGGAGUCACAAACUCGAAGGACCUGCACGGGCACAGGCACUGGCAAAGUCGGUGCUCGGCAUCGCUCGGAUGAAGGCUGUAUGGGCAGUUCUGAGGAUUUUGCCAGCACGCCCGAAAAUGCUUUUGACGUUUAUUGCAACAGAUGAGCUCCCUGGGGGUGAUAGGAUCCUUGAAGCGCUUGCAGAAAGCCUGAGGCUUGAGGCCCCAUGUUAUGCGGGGAGGGCCAGUACUCCGACAGAAGGGAGUGCUGAAAGCGGGGCUGAGAGUCCGAGCGACAGCAGUAGUGCCAGCAGUGAUGCAGGUGGAAGCGGGGCGGGUAGUGUGGGGUCCAGCAGCAAAGGAACUGAGGGACAAUCAGGUGUCAGCAGAAUCAGACGCCUGAGCACUUCCCUUGAGAAGUCGUCUGCUGUUGCGGCGGUUGCUUCCCUUUUACCUGUUGCCGGAGUCCCACGGACAGGUGUGGGAGGCUCACCCAGUGGGGACGGGUCCCCCGUGAUGGUGGGAGAGGUGCUGGUCGGGGAGAUGACUGCACUUGAGAAAGCGAUUGCUUCUUCCUUGGACAACUCCAAGAUCCUUGAAAAGGCAAAGGCGUCGGUCAACGAGGCACGAGUCGAAGGCAUUGGGACAAACAAAGCGCUUCUUGAGGAGCUGUUGUUGCCCCUCUUUGCCAUAUUUCGCUGGCUGCAUUCCCUUACGGAGUGGCAUGAACCUAGCAAGUCGUUUGUGUUCUUGUUCACAGUGAUAUACAUCAUCGCCAGGGAUUGGCUCAGAUUCGUUAUACCCGCUAUACUGGUCACAAAUGCUGGGCUUGUUCUGUGGCUGAGGUAUUUGCGGCGGUUUGAUGUGAAACCAGGGUCUCGACCGAAUGAGGUUGUGGUCACACUACCAAAAGGCCAGAGCAAGGUGGAGCAGCUCUUGGAGUUGCAGAAUGCAUUGGCUGGUGUGGAGCACGCAAUCCAGACGGCAAACAUCUCCCUUCUGAAAACGCGAGCUCUUUUCCUUUCUGAACAGAAAACGGCAACAGACCAAGCUUUGCUCUUUCUGGUGGCGGGUGCUGUUUUCCUUUUAAUAGUGCCAUUUCGCUGGAUGGUGCUGCUGCUGGUCCUGGAGACUUUUACACGGAAGCUGGAGAUACGUGAGGAAGCAAUUCGGCGCUGGAUGCGUCGGCUACGUGACUGGUGGCACAGCAUUCCAGUCGUUCCUGUUCGGUUUGUUGAGGCUCAAGGGUCGGCAUCUGACUAGCGAUAUUCUGUCUGAGGCUUUCAUUUGCCACUGGCUAUUUUCUUGGCACUGGCUUGCUCAACUUGUUCCGCUUGAGUAGGUCUAGAAUAUGCUGCCAGAACCAUAGCCAAUGCUUGUUUUUCUCUCAAUCGAUCCCCUUUGCAGGGGAAAGGUUGGCGGCAUUCAUUAGUGUUUUUCUGCCUUCUGAUACCUACGGAUCACAGCAUCGUCGUUGGCCAACUGAAUCCUCGCUGGCCAUUCAGAUCCAUGCAGUCAGCGCUCGCCUCCUGUUCUGCCACCUGGUGGUAGUUGUCUGUACUUCAAUGAAUGGUCUUCAGACUU